AUAAGAAGUGACAUUUCAACCAAGAGCCAGAGGACGAACUUCAGGUGGUUCCAGGUGGAGGCCUGAUCCUUGGAAGCAGGACUGAGUCCGGCCUCUCACCCAGGUCCCAUACCAGGGAUCACUGAUGCCAUGGGAACAAGUCGGUUACACAGGUAUAGCAUUGUGUCAGACAUCAUACCAGAAGAGGAGCGUCAGAGGAUCUCCAGUCUAGGACUCUGUAACGGACACGGUUCCUCUCACUCCAGACCACGCUCCACCCGGGACCCGGACGCAGCAGACAGAGGGAGGAGGUCCAGAGCCUCUGCUGCUGCGCCCGGCACACAGGGCCGAGGAGGGAUGAACAACUACAACGGGAAGAUUCUGACGCGGGGCUCCAGCCAGGUCCGGAGCCGCUUUGUGAAGAAGAACGGACAGUGUAAUGUUCUCUUCACCAACAUGGAGGAAAAGAGGCAACGCUACCUCGCCGACAUCUUCACCACGUGUGUGGACAUCCGCUGGAGAUACCUGCUGCUCCUCUUCUGCUCCAGCUUCCUGGUCUCCUGGCUCUUCUUCGGGAUUAUCUUCUACACCGUGUCCCUGGUUCACGGGGACUUUGAGGCGUCCUCGCUGGUGAAGGGGGACGGGUUAGCUGUUGGGGCGAUGCACGGACCCUCCUCAGGACACGCAGCAGGGGGGCAGACUCAGAGGAUGCCCUGCAUACUCCACGUGCAGGGCUUCAUCGGGGCGCUGCUGUUCUCCAUGGAGACCCAGACCACCAUCGGGUACGGCUGGCGCUGCGUGACUGAGGAGUGUCCUCUCGCCGUGAUCACGGUGGUGGUUCAGUCCAUCGUGGGCUGCAUCAUCGACUCCUUCAUGAUCGGAACCAUCAUGGCGAAGAUGGCGAGGCCCAAGAAGAGGAACCAGACUCUGGUGUUCUCUAAGAACGCCGUCAUCGCGCUGCGUGACGGCAGACUGUGCCUUAUGUGGAGGGUGGGGAACCUGCGGAGGAGCCACAUCGUGGAGGCUCACGUCCGGGCUCAGCUCAUCCGCUCCUACGUCACAGCGGAGGGCGAGUUCAUCCCUCUGGAGCAGAUGGACCUCAACGUGGGCUACGAUGAGGGCACGGACCGGCUGUUCCUGGUGUCCCCGCUGGUCAUAGUCCACGAGAUCGACAAAGACAGCCCGUUGUACUCUUUGAGUCGAGCCGACCUGGAGACGGAUAACUUUGAGAUCGUGGUGAUCUUGGAGGGGAUGGUGGAGGCCACGGCCAUGACCACGCAGUUUCGUAGCUCCUACAUCGCGAGGGAAGUCCUGUGGGGUCAGCGGUUUGAGCCCGUGAUCUACGAGGACAGAGACUGUUACAAGGUGGACUACGCUCGCUUCCACAAGACCUACGAGGUGCCGUCGACGCCCCACCGCAGUGCCAGAGAGCUGGACGAGGCCACGAGCCGGGCCUCCUCCGCUGCUUCACCCUUCUUUAAGACCACAGAGGACCUGGUCCCCCGGUCCGUGAGCACCUUCUGCUACGAGAACGAGGCGGUGCUGAGCUGCGGCGAGGAGGAGGACGACGUCUUCGCCUCGUCUCAGACCGCAGCGAAGGAGCGAGCAGAGGAGCGCAGGACUUCUGUAGACUUCCAGAACAUGUUCCAGGACUCUGCCACCAUGACGUCCGGCAGUCACGGCAUCAUGUGCGUGCUGGACAUGGACAACAACCAGAUGGAGUUUGACAUCCUGCAGACCGCCAUCCCUCUGGAUCCCGUGAGCUACAAGAGCGAGCAAGAGAUCGAGAGAGUGCAGUGA